AGAGCCCAUCGAGGACAAGGGCCUGGCGGCCUACAGCUCCGCGGAGUUCGCCGUUUUCCUCGCCGGUGCUGACCCGACAGAAGUGGACUUGCAAGACGACCGCAUUCUGCUCGACGGCGAGAGAGCAAACCAGGACCUCCUGGUGGGCCGCCUCAAGGAGUUCUACGAGGCGCAGGCGGGCGCCCGCACCGGAGCCAGCCACGUGGCGUGGUGGGCUGGCUUCUCCGCGCUCCUUGAAGCUGUUGUCUCGCGCCGGGUGACCCGCGUGCUCAAGUGGGUGGACGCCAAACUGACGGAAUUCCGAGACGAGGACGGGACGCUGAACGAGGCGGCCGCUCGCUUUCGAGCGGAAGCGGAAGCGAAGGCGCGGGAGCUUCAGGCAAGGUGUCCGGACGAAGCGGAGUGGCGGCUCUGCAAGGCCCGGUGCGACCACUGCUUCCUGGGCUGCCUAUCCAUCAAGAAUCAAGAGGUCCAGGUGCACUCAUGCAUGGGAAGCCACAAGUGCGACAGCGCAGGCGCUUACUGCGUCGAUGACGGCGCCGCUGAGCAGAACGCGUGCGGCGAGAGGAACGGGCACGCCGGCGUUCACGACUGCCGGGUCAAGGACCACACGUGCGGGGCCGCCUGCCACUUGGCACACUGCCUCAACUGCAACAAGGUCUGCGCGCGCAAGUCGGGCCACGCGCGCGACGCGCCGCACCUCUGCAACGCGCCCGCGCACAUGUGCGGCGCGCCGUGCACCGCGCCGCGCUGCCAGGGCCGCUGCAACAUCAGCAUCGGGAAGCAGCACACCGUGCACAAGUGCCCCGAGGUCGCGUGCACGCACCAGUGCGUCCUGCCCAACUGCGCGCAGAGCUGCGCCGCGCGGGAUCACUUCCACGGCAGCGCGCUGUCGCGCACUUUCCUGGAGGAGAACGCGAUCGCGCCCGACGCCGCCGAGGAGGCGCGCUUCCAAGGGGCACACUUUUGCGGCCAGCCCCACGCGUGCAGCGAAAAGUGUGAGAUGGACGGGAUCUGUAAAGUUUCCAUCCAGGAGGUGAAGGAGGAGACCGAGAUUUUCCAGGGCAAGCUGUCGACUUUCGAGUACCGCGCCGUCUCGGAGGCGAACGGCGAGAGGCGCGACUGCUGCGAGCGGAUCCCGCCGUUCCAGACUGAACAUUCCGGCGUGCACCGGCACACCACAGACCCGCGGGUCGUGCAAUACUGCGACAAACGCUGCCCCACGUGCUGGUACUUUUGCGAGCUCGAGUACGGCCACAAUGGGCUGCACAAGGGCGCGCACGGCAUGAUGCGCCGCAGCUUCUUCGUCGCGGACGCCGAGGAGAUCGACCUGGGCGGCGGCCGCGUGUACGCGCCCGGGGAGUCGGGGCGCGCGGAGAUGUGCGACAUGUUCUGCCGCUCCACGGGCCGCGGCCACAUCCACAUCAUGGACUGCGACUCGGCGGAUCCCCUCAGAUGCACGCACGCCGCUGAGGACGGACGGCGUCACCAGACACGUGUCUACCUGCCGAACGGGCACGUGCCCAAGGACGAGCUGACGCACGCGGCCUACUGGGACACGGUCGGCUGGGAGGACAGCUGCUCGGCGGCCGACCGCGCAGAGUUCGCGCGGUGCGGCUACGCGUGCGGCCACCCCGCGCACUGCGCGCCCGGGGCCGCGAAGUCGCAGUGCGUCAUGCCGCUGUGGCACCGCCCCGUUACGGAAACGGCCAGCACGAGAAACGCUCUGGCGAUCCAAGGAGAUCCUGGGGUCGUCUCCUCAGACGGACACGUGUACAACUGCAGCCCCGCCCACCCCCUUGCGUCCGGCGACAAUUACCACGUGGUUCUCGUGCUGGACUCGUCGUACUCCAUGAACGGGGCGCCCUGGGCGCAGCUGAAGGCCGCCGUUUCUGCGUUCGUGCAAACGCGGCUCGCGAAGAGCUCGGCGGACGUCCUGUCAAUCGCGCUCUUUGACGCGAGCGCCCGCAUCGUCUGUGAGGCGCAGCCCUUCUCGGCGCAGCCCCAAACUGCCCUCCCGGCUCAAGCCACCGGCGCGGACACCCGCUUCAGCCCCGCUCUGUCGACGACUUUCGAGGUCCUCCAGAGAGUGCGCGCGCGGGGGUCUGCGGUGUCCGCAUUCCGCUUCGGGGUGUCCGCAUUCCGCUCCGGACAAGUGGUGUACACGCCCCUGGUCCUCUUCAUGUCCGACGGGUGCGGCUCCGGCGGCUCCGCGGAGAUGGAUGCGAUCUACAGGGCCUUUAGUGGCGACAAGCUGGAGGUGCACACCGUGGCAUUUGGAAAUGCGAACAAGGAUCAGCUGAGGAGCUUGGCAAACAGGGCGCAAAGGCACUUCCACGAGUCGGUGGACGGCGUGGCACUGAAGGAUACCUUCGUGCGGAUCUCGUCGCAGAUGAAGGUCCAUGUCAGCCUGGUGGCCCAGCCGACAGGGGCGAGAGCAGCCCAGGCGAAUGGACCCGCAGCAAACGCGAGAGAGAUUGAGAGGGUCAACAGCUUCCGGCAGCAGCAAGAGAAGGCGGCUGAAGAUGAUGCUGAGCGCGAGAGACUAGGGGAGGCGGCGAGGGCGGAGAUUGCCCCAGUCAAAGAGGCUGCCGACGGAUCUCUUCUGGACCUGCUCCGCCGUUUGGGGAUCCCUGUGGGUGGGGGCGAGAGACCGUCCCGAAGUGACCUGAAGAAGGCCAAAGCGGCGGCCAACAGGAUGUUCCAUCCCAACACCGCUGGCAACGCUCAGAAGAGUCUCUGGGACCGAGUGUACGGGGAAGAAGUCAUCAAGGAGCUCCAGAACCACCCAGACUGGAACGCGUUGUGA